CUUGACACUUGGGGCUUGGGAGUGGCUCUCUCUUCCCUCACGCUUAUAAACUUCAGCCCAGAGGCUCCAGGUUGCUGCACCCCAUCUCCUUGCCUGGUCAUCUGUUUGAGGAGGCCAAACCAGGCAAGGGACACUUCCUUCCUGGACCCUUGGAUCUCUGACUCUGGUCUGUUUCUUCCCUGUCAGGUCAGUCUGCGAGGACAUCAGCUCCUGCCUCAGGGUACUAAUGGCUGAGGAACAGCUGACUGAGCUGGAGGCAGCUAUUGAGACGGUAGUCACUACUUUCUUCACCUUUGCAGGGCAGGAAGGCCGGAAGGGCAGCCUCAGUAUCAAUGAAUUUAAGGAUCUGGCCACCCAGCAGUUGCCUCAUCUGCUCAAGGACGUGGGCUCUCUAGAUGAGAAGAUGAAGAGCUUGGAUGUGAAUCAGGACUCAGAGCUCAAGUUCAAUGAGUAUUGGAGACUGAUUGGGGAACUGGCCAAGGAAAUAAGGAAGGAGAAGGCCGUGGAAAUCCGGAAGAAGUAAAGCCUGCUGGUCAGGAUGGGGGCAGGCAAGCCGGGCUGGGCAGGGCCAGGCACAACUCCACUCCCCAAAUAAAACUUCUUUCUUGAAAUACAGAUGUUUAUUAUUCA